GCCUCAUCAGUCAAGCUGAGACUGACUGCGACACUUCAUCCGCCAAUUCGCGACAUAUCACCUUCUCAUUCCGGACCCACCGUCUUACCUCAAAAUGCCGAACCCAUCGCAGCUCUUUCUCCUUGCAGAUCAUAUCAAACUCUCGCUUUUAGAACGACAACGAGCGAUCUCAUUGGAUUUGGAACCCAAUAGCCAAGACGGGGAGAUCUCUCGCUCUUUGGAAUCGUUGCACGACGGCAUCGAGGAUGUGGAGCGAGACCUCGCCCAGUUGGAGCAGGCCAACGACGAUGGCGCCACCGAGAUGAAAGACCAGCUAUUCCAUCUGAAAUCGCAGUAUCAAGAUUUGUCGUCUCAGUUCAGCGGACACACCACCUCAGCCGGCGCCAGCGGCUCAUCCCCAUCGCCUGAAUUCGCCAAUGUCAAGUCGUCUCCUGACCUCAAACAACCUGUCCCGCAGCAUCCUCCUUCAAAGUCAGUUCGGUUUAUGAACUCGGCUACAGAAGAAGCCGAUCUCGAGCGACAAAAUCUUUUCCGGCCGUAUCGCGACUCACCUUCCCCGCCUGGCGUAGACCAAUCUGACAUGUCGAAUGAACAAAUAUAUGAUCGACACAAUGAGAUCAUGCGCGACCAGGACGAACAGUUGGAUCGCCUAGGCGAAUCCAUCGGGCGGCAACACCAACUCAGUAUUCAGAUCGGGGAUGAGCUAGAAGGCCACGUCGCGCUAUUAGACGGUAUGGAUGGUGAUGUUGACCGACACCAACAUCGGCUAGACGGGGCUAGAAAACGGCUGGACAAGAUCCGGAGAAGCGCGGGUGACAACUGGAGCUUGAUGACGAUCGUCGGUUUGAUCAUUAUCCUUGUCAUUCUCAUUGUCAUUUUGAAAUAAAGCCUAGAGCGUAUAGAACCUCGGGUAUACUUCACAUUUUUGUGAAUAUUGGUCAAGGGCGAAGUCCUCUGAAAGGCGCAGGGCGUUUCUUAUUGGACAGGGGUGCGGAUUCCCUAUGAAUGUAUUAUCGGUUUGACUUAUAUUGAUGUUUGAACUUACAUGGUGUCUGGAGUAAUCAUCAAUUACGGAUUUGUUUAUAAUAUGGCAACAAUUGCUUUUUUUACGCCACUUUCAUGCAACUCCCAGCAAGGGCUCGGGGUCUUACACCCCACCCUACACAAUCUACAUCUUAU